AUGGACGUAGAUCGCGAGACUCAUGAUUUGAAGAAGUACCUGAAGAAGACCACAGUUUUAAGUCUGGAAGAGAAGAUUGCGCCGAGCGCGACCGAGAACACAUCGAAAGAGAUUGAUUUGGAAGCAAAGCCUGAAAAUGAUGACGCUGAAGUGGAACAAUUGGGAAAAGCAACUCGAGAUGCUCUGAAAGAAAAGGCACGAAAACUGAAGGGAAAGAAAAAAGUCGAUGAUUUUUUCGAGGAACAAUGGAAAACGUUCCGUUUUUUUGCUCAAGCUCAAGCCGUGGCCGCUCAACAAGCCGCUGCCGCCAUGCACAG